UCUGCAGAGUUGUGCCCGACCUUCUAGACGUGCACGAGCUCGUAAACAACAGAUACACACGUGCUUGCAUAAAUGAAUUUUGGCGCGCGAAUCUCGGGUGGUGGUCUCCUAGCAACGCAACGAUCCAGCACCUGACGUCAGGAGGCCCGUUUAAAGCCGACUGGAAAUGGAGGAGCCCAUAUCCGAAGCCUGCGCGAUGCCGGCCAAUGAGAAGUCUUGUCAGACUGAUGACCUCACGGAUGAGGCCGUCGUGCCCGGACCAGACCACGCAAGCAAGACUUUGGUAAACUCGACAGAAGUUGGGGAUCCUCCUCUGCUCCAGAGACCACUGGAAACUUCCAAAUCUGGAAUCCAACAGAUUAUCGAAUGCUUUCGGACAGGUACUGCACAGUUAAAACACAUCCUCUUGAAAGAAGUGGACACGAUCUUUGAAUGUAAAGUCUGUCGCAGUCUCUUCCGUGGUCUUCCCAAUCUGAUCAAACACAAGGAGGUUUAUUGUCUCCCCAGACAUCCUGAAUCUGAGGACUCUUCUGCAGAAGGCAAAAGCAUCAAAGAGCUUUUGGAGGCCGUCUAUCCUCGCUCCGAUGGGCAGGAAUAUUUUCUCCGACUGGAGCCCAUUGAUGGUAACCAGAAUGCAGUUUUUCAGUAUCUGUCCACGGAGGAAGACCUGCCACCUUCAUCCCAGAGCCCCAACCACACCAGCACAGACGGCUGGACUCACCAUCAGCCAAACACGGACGACAUCAGCAUGAAUGAAGAAGAAGAUGAUCAUCGCAUUGAGGAAGAAGGGAAAUUAAGCCGAAGUGCAGAAGAUGCUGUGAUAUCUGAGGAGCAUCAGGACAAUCAGCUCUCAUCUGAGGAGAGAACCGAAGAAGACUCAUCCCCCUGCAGAUGCCUCCUCUGUAACAGAACGUACAAGGUUCGAGGUCACCUUCAGAGACACCUGCGGACAGUCCACAAGAUCAUCACCUCUGACUGCGCCGUAUCCACGAAAAUAGCCAAUGGAAAACCUCCAGAGAGUCCAGAUGCUAACAGUUGCUCAUCUAGUGAUACCCAAAGUCAGAAGAGUCCCAGAGAGGAGAACAAAAUCCCAUGGAAGCCCAUAUACUCCAUGGGCUUUGACUUGAAGACGCGCUUCUGCAAGCUCUGCAGACGGACCUUCAGCUCGGAGCAGAACCUGGCGAAGCACAUCGAGCUCCACACGGACAACGGCACCGACUUCUUCGUCAAGUUUUACUGCUGCCCGCUUUGCCGCUACAAGACUCGCCGCAAGAGAGAUGUCGUAAGGCAUCUCUCCGAAUUUCACAAGAAGAAAUCUGCCUACCUGAGCAGAAUCUCUCAGUCGCUGGACAACAGCACCAUCAAGACGCCUGCCGAGGCCGUGUUGAACAAAACUGAGACCAAAGAUCAGCAUCGCCAAGAAGCCAAGUUCAACCCCAGCCACAGUUCUCCGUAUCUGACACGCAGGAACCUGCUGCCAAACGCACGUCGUGAAACGGCCGAGGGGAAGAAGACGGUUAGCGGUAAAACGCAAGUAAAGCGUGAUGACACGAGAGGUAAAGCCAUGCAGUCCAUGCUGGUCUGCAGCGUCUGUGGCAAGGGCUUCAGAAAGCAGAGGCAUCUGGUGUUACACAUGAGGAAUCAUCAGAAAAUGGCACGCGGGGGUGCGGCAGGCGUACGCACGAGAUCAAAGGUCGUGUUUUGAUUCUCUGACAACAAACCGGAUUCGCAGCAACAUCAAAAAGGCGGAGAGUUAAUAACAAAACCAUGCUAUCUUAUAAAUGGCUAACGGUGUACACAAACGACUUGAUUUAACCAAAUAGGUAUGAGAAACCGAAGUAUUUCUAUUUGGGGUUUCCAAGAGUUGGUUUUGUUGGUUUGAUGCCCCCGACACAUACUCUGCAUGAAGGAGUGUGACAAAAACGGCAUGACAUUUUCUAACCACUUCUAAAUAGAAUAUGAAAUGUAUAUGAUUACCAUUUGACUGCUGCUAUCAGUUUUUAUGUGUUGUGUGGAAAUGUGGCUGAGUGAUUGUUGAAGAAAGCUGUCUGAGCGCCCGGGACCCCAGUAAGAGCUCAGAGCCACGCAUGAUCUCUGUGAGAGAAAUGACAACUGAUUCACGACGGACUCAUUGCUAUUCAGUCCAAACGUCUGGGGUCAAAUCCAGGAGUUUUUGUUUAGUGGGAAACAGCAGAGAGAAAUCAAUAAGAGAAACACUGUGUUUUGUUUCAACAGACACCUGCUCUGGGGAAACGACCAGCGUUUCUCUUUUCGUACUGCAGGCAAAUCAGUUUGUCUGGGCACUGUUUAUUUACCUUUUGAAUAGUUUUUUCAUUAAAUCAGUAGCAUCAACUGUUUCUCUGUUAUGAACGGUUAGAAGUUUUAUUUCUCAUAUUAAUUUGUUCACCAACAAUAAACAGAGAAAAUGACUCUACAUGCAUUUAUUUCUUUAAGUUUGAAACGAGAAAAGGGAAUUAAAGUUUUAUGGAUUCAAUGAAAGUAAUUCGAUUACAGGCGCUUGGAAGGGAGGGGCUAGAGGCACUUUUUGCAUUUUAAUAUAUGUGCGCCUGUCUGUGAAAUCCUAAAGUCUUAUAAUAUAAUCUAAAAAUGAGAUUUGGAGCAUCAAAGCAUGAUAUGUGUCAUUUCAAUAUUUGACAUGACUUUAAGAUAUCAAAAGUAUAUUUUAACUAAAUGUUCUAGGAUAAUUGUAUGUAAAUCACAAAAAUAAUGACUUGAGCUUUAUUACAUAGAUAAUGACCCGGAAAGUGUAUUAUUAUAGUAAUGUUAAAUGAAACGGGGUCAAUUCCGUUAAAACGCUACAUUAAUUUUCAGCUGUUAGAUUUUGAUGCUCAGCUGGUAUAGUGUGACUGUAAGGUCACAGUGAGCUGAAACUGAUGAAUAUUGAAUAGAUUAAAUUAUUGAUUAUAUUUAUAGGGGUUAGAGCAUUAGCUGCUUUAAUUCCCUGGGGGAACUUCAGUAAAUAAUUUAGGUCAUAAUGGCUGAGCUGAGAAAUAUGGUUGGGAUUAAUCACAGUGAAAUCUUUUAACACUAGAGGGCAGUAGUGCACUUAUAAAGAACGCCUCGUGCAGGAAAUACGUAUAUAUUAAAAUGUAUACAACUUUCCAGAAGAUCUGAAUGUCUGAUGGUAAAAAGUUUUAACUUUGCUUGAAUGAAGAUUUACUAAAAUAAUGAUUUAAUAAGCAGGUAAGUGCACGUUUGGCACGUCUGGUCAUGGCAUUGAUGAAAAUGGUUUAGGAUUGUUGUGUGAAUUGUUUGCAGGUAAAUUGAAUGCGACCUGCGUUAAAUAAACUCACGGACUGGUUGAGUAAAUUAACAAUCAUAACUAAAAUUAGUGUGAUAGUUUUUAUUCGUUCCGUAAAUUAAACUGCAGUGCAAUAAUCUCACCCAACACUGCUUGUCUUUUUUAUUCAGUCGUGUUAAGAAAGGAUUUUUCAAUGAAAGAAAUUAACUUGUGCUAUUUUACCCUUUGUAAUGAGAGCGUGCUUGAUUUAAGACCUGGGAUGUGUGUGUGUGCGCGCGCGCGCCUGUGUGUGUGUGUGUGUGUGUGUGAGAGAGAGAGAAUGAGAGUGUGUCUUUGUGAGGGAGAGAGAGAGAGAGAGAGAGAGAGAGAGAGAGAGAGCGCAUUCGGAAUCACAGGAAGGAUUUUGGCGAUGUCUUCUGCAUGCGCUGUUCAUUUCAGCACCACAAACCCUCAUCUGAGAACAGAAGGCAGAGUCUUCUGAAGACGUGACGCUCUUUGAGGGUGAUGCUGAACAGUGCAUAUUUACUCUUCGUCUGACACCUUAGCAUCUCUUCUCCUAUCUCUUGCUACAAGUCAGGUGACAUGCGUGUCACACGUCUACGGCCCAUGAGAAAUCCCUUUGGCCUGGAGAUGGGCACGUACGUUACAACCCACCUGCUGCACCAGUAGCCCUCAACCAUUUGGAUUUUCAGACCUACACUUUUGCACAUCGUUCCCAGCGGCUCCAUGG